UUUGUUAGCAAAUCAUUGUAAAAGGAAAAACCUCUAUUAAUAAUGAUUAUUAGAUACCCUUAAGGUUAAUAAAGUGGCUACUUGUGCUGCAUGAGGGUAGCCCCUUAAUAGAGGUUUGACUGUAGAAGAUCUAAAUGUUUUGUGAAUAAGCAUGCAAAAUUGUACUGAAGGGAAUUGUAUUUGUUUUGUGUCAUUUACAGGAGGUUGAUCCCAAAGCUGGUGGUGGAUGCACCAUGACAAUUGGACAGAUGGUAAGAAGCUUUCUAUUGAAGCUAGAGUGGUAUGGGACACUGUUUCCUCGCAUCCCUGUACCAGUACAGAAGGAUCUGGAGGUAAAGCUACGUCAGAAAGGCCUGUGUGAUGACCACAAGCGAACCGCUCAGGAAGGCUGGGGUGAGGCUGAGGAUUUUGUCAGGCGUACUCGUGGAGACAGGUGGGUGAGUCUGGCCGAAAAUUGAGAUUCAGAGUAUUUGAACCCUUCUGCUCCCAUUGUGAGUGAUGGAGUCUUGAAAAGUGGUUCUAACCUUUAAGUAUGUGGAAAUGAAACCUCUUGAGUAUACUUUCACAUGGUACUAUUUGUUUAGUAUGCAGUUCUAACUUUUGAGUCUGUGGAUAAACUCCUAUGGUGUUGCCAUUCAAAUGAAACCUCUUCAGUAUACUUUCACAUGGUACUAUUUGUUUAGUAUGCGGUUCUAACUUUUGAGUCUGUGGAUAAACUCCUAUGGUGUUGCCAUUCAAAUGAAACCUCUUCAGUAUACUUUCACAUGGUACUAUUUGUUUAGUAUGCAGUUCUAACCUUUGAGUCUGUGGAAGAAAUCCUAUGGUGUGACCAUCCAAAUGAAACCUCUUCAGCAGUACUUUCACAUGGUACUAUUUAUUAGUGUGCAGUUCCAACUUUUGAGUCUGUGGAUAAACUCCUAUGGUGUGACAUUCCAAAUCAAACCUCUGCAGCAGUACUUUCUGUUUUGGCAUUUUACAAAAUUUAAAUAAAAUUUGGAAAAUUGGCCCCCUUGGGAUUGAAAUGGAAGUCGGUUGCGAGGUUUCUAGAGCCUGGCGUUAGUACUAUUUGAUGAUGAGUUCGAUUAUUCGGGGUCUUGUUCAGUACAUUGCAACUUGCUAAUUUGGUUCUAAAAAUCUCGUUGAAGAAUCGGGAAUCAUUGAAUUAAAUGUGGUGUUACAUGGAUUUUCAGUCGCAACCUGUAGCAUAAUUUGAUUUUCUGUCGUUCGGUAACCUUUUUUAAAUGUUCACGACUGGUUUAGUCGGUGACGUCACUUUUUGACUUCAUUUCCUUCACCUUUAAUACAAUUUGAUAAAUGGCGCAUGUAUUCCGCAUGAAAACUGAGAUCCUUCCAUGUUCAGCCCUGAGAUAAUACGCAUAUUAUUUUACUUCACCUCUCAAGGUCUAAAUCAAACAGCUAUGCACAAUAAUGCAGUGUCAGCGCUUAGGCAUGUGAGCGGGCUUACAGCAAAUGCACGAUAGGUGAAAUCUAAUGUUCAAAUAUUACUUCAUUACAGCUCACCGAGCGCACACUCACGGGAACCAGCCGAUGAUGAUAGGCCGUCAGGAUCACGCCGAAGCCGAAGUCGAGAUCGAGACCGAGAGAGAAGACGUAGUCGGAGUCGUGAUCGUGAUAGUUCCCGAAGGCGAAGUCGAGAACGCCGAAGCCACGAGCGAAGACGCGGGGAUAGCAGGGACCGAGACAGAAAUAAGAGGCGGAGCAGGAGCCCUGACAGACGAGGGAGAGACGACGACAAAAAACGACGGAGCCGAAGUCGCGAUAGGAAAAGGGAGAGGAGGCGAAGUGAUGAUCGAGAUACUUCUCGUCGGAGAAGAAACAGCAGAGAAGACAGAAAAAGUAGAGAAAAAGAACGUUCACGAAGUAGAUGAAUGGAAACACAAAACCGGAACAUUUAUCUGUCCUGCAAAGACAGUGAUUUCGCUCGGAUGUGUUCACGUCGGUGUUUUACACUCUUUGUUAAGUGACUAUCGGAUUGUCGGCAUUUUUUGGACGCGUGUAAAUAUUUCAUUGUUUUACAUUAUUAUUCGUUUUAUCUCUAACUUCAUAGAGACGUCGUCUCCUCUAUUAGAGAACUAUCUUUGUGUUAGUCGUUUUCUUUUUUCCAAACAUUUUCAACCAAACGUGCUUUUAUGUUUAUAUAAUUAGCUUAGUUAAAAAUCGUGUAGAAAAAAGUACAGCCAGCUCCCUCUUAUUACGGAUACCUUAGUUGGUUCCCGACUAUCCUUGACUCUCUAAGAGGCGGGCAACUCUCUUCAGACGGGUAGUUACUGUAGUCCCCUACGUACACGUCGAAGACCCUGUUUACAUGGUGUGGGGUACCCCGGUCUAGUGGGGUAGGUUUCUUUUGUUUUGUGUCCGCCAGAGCGUGAAAACAAAAGAAACCAACCCCACUAGACCAGGGUCCCCCACUCCAUGUAAACAGGGUCUAAGAGAGAGCAGACUUUAAUUUUGAAAGGCUUUUUGAUUGAAAUUGUGGAACUAAAACGCUCG